AUGGCGGAGCCCAGGCAGGAGCGGAGAGCGGUGGUGGAGCUGUGGGGGGAGCUGCUGCCGCCGCGGGGGGCGGCGGGCUCGGAGGAGGAGAGCGAGGAGGAGGAGAUCGAGGAGGAGCUGCACUUGGCGGAGGCUGCGCUCAUGGAGGCUGCCGGGCGGGAACUGGCGGCCUCGCUGCCCCCGCGCCGCGCCGUUAUUAUACGGGAAGAUGGCACCAAAAAGGAGUAUGAAGUAAUUGGACGUUUUCCAUUAGUCGGCCCUUGGUGGAAGGUUAAUGUUAAAGCUAAAAAAAUUGGGUCUAAGUACUUUGUGGAAGGAUAUCCCUCAUAUUUUCUGCGGACUGAUAUAGAAGAAAACAAUCGACAAGUAUUUUCACUCUUUCUUAAGGAAUGUGACGUUCCUGAGAGUUUUAAAGAAAAAUUUUUUACUUGGCUUCCUGUGGAGUCUGUGCUGAAUUUUAGAAAUCUUGAAGAAAAGCUAAAACAUUUCCAAGUUUCACACAUACAUCCAGGGAGGAGGCAAAGAGAUACCAAGGAUUAUGACAUCUUCUACUAUGUUUCAAAAUCAGUUGCAGGGAAGGCAGUAUUGGUAGCUCUGACUUUUCCAAGGAUACUGGAGUUCUUGCCGAUUCUUCUGCCAUGCCAUUUUUUCUGUCUGUUGAAUAUGGUGGAUUGGCAAAGAGGGACUGAAGAAAGAAAUAAUACAGAUGGUGAGGAGAUCAGUUUUCAAGACAAGAUGCUAACAAAAUUGGACAAGAUAUUAAAGAAUGAGCCAUGGAAACUUGGAUUCAGCAGGAUUAUCUAUAAGGAACUGAACCUUUCUUACUGUGAGGCAUCGUGGGCUGCCUUCUGUCAGUGUGAACAUCUCCUCCGGAAGAUUCCCGACUUGCAGAAGAAUGCAUUAAUUCUGUAUGAUCAACUCAAGAAACAGUGUAGAAAAAUGGGACACACAUAUGAAGAUCAAGAUGAAUUGGCUCGUUUUGUAUCCAAAAAUAUGUCAACCGAACAUGUUUGGCAAUCUCUUGAGUUUUUGAAAAAUCAGAAGGUAGUGAUUAGGGAAAAACAGCUAGUGUUUCUGCCUCAUCUUUACAACUCUGAAAAAGACAUUGCAAUGUAUAUAGGUGACCUUCUGUCAAACGACACGUGGAAACUGGACGCUGAUGUGAGAAAGAUACUUAACUUUUCUGAGACAUCAAGGGGAACGGUAGAUAACAAAAUGAAUAUUACCCAGGCAAAUGAAAUGGAACAUCUGAAGGAAAAUGAUCCAGACAAUCAUAAUGGUGAAAAUCACCUCCCUGAAAAGGAAGUGGAGUCUAUGCCUGGUAACAAAAGUAACGCAGAGGCAGACUUAGAUCAGGUUAUUGCUUUGGAAAAGAUUUGUGCUAAUCCUGUCACAAUCAUAAGUGGAAAAGGAGGCUGUGGGAAGAGUACAAUAGUUAGCUGCCUUUUUCGUCAUUUAAAGCAGAUGGAAAAAGAAGUGGAAGCUGCUUCUAAGGACUUUGAAGAAGACUUGGAUGCGUCUGAGGAAUGGAAUACAUUUGAUCAUCCCUGGGAGUCAGAGAAUAUGCACGCAAAAAAAUGUUUGAAUGUACUGUUUACUGCACCUACAGGGAGGGCGGCAAGUCUUUUGAAUGAAAAAACUCAGCUUCCUGCAUAUACACUGCAUCAGAUUAUCUAUAGUUUUAAGUCAUGGAGGCAGAGCGAACAGGCGCAGCCGUGGAAGUUUUCUGCUGUUACGGUUCUGAUUGUGGAUGAAGGAAGUUUGGUGUCUGUACGCGUUUUUAGUUUAGUUUUAAAACUCUUGUGUGAGCAUGCUCAGCUUGCUAAACUUAUUAUUCUAGGUGAUACUAGACAGCUUCCAAGCAUAGACCCAGGAAACAUGUUAGCUGAUCUCUUUGAAGGUCUGAAAUCAAGAGGCUUUUCUAUACAACUGCGAACAAACCACAGAGCUGAAUCACAGCUAAUUGUAGAUAAUGCAUCAAGAAUCUCUCAUCGGCAGCUUCCUGAAUUUGAUGAGGUGCUGCAAGUUUCUGCUUGGAAUGAGGACAUGACAAUUCUAAGCCCGGAGAAGAAAUUUAUUCUUAUUGCUUUGCCUUCUGGUGGGCAUUGUGGUGAUUUGCAAACUGCCAUUAAGACUUUACUUAAAAAAGGACCAGGAUUGGAGGAUGCCAAACAAUCACAGUUCAUUGCUUUCAGAAGGCAAGACUGCAAUCUAAUAAAUGAACUUUGUUGCCAACACUAUUCAAAUCAUUUAACCAGAAACCAUAAAAACCGACUUUUAUUUCAAAUUGGGGACAAGAUUUCCUGCACGCGGAAUGCGUAUCUCAGGGAUCUCUUGCCAGGCUGUGGUUCCAGAGAUGGUUCUAAUGGCCAUGAAUAUAGAAAUGGAGAAACCACCCUCACUACAGAGGCUGCUGAGGAGGGAAAACGACUGUGCAAUGGAGAUAUAUUUUUCAUAACAGAGGAUGUAGAAAUUGAUAAACAGCGCUUACUCACCAUCAGCAGCACGUACGGCUCCACGUUCACUGUGAAGUAUAAGGCACUGAAGAAACUAUGUCACAUAAAACAUGCGUGGGCCAGAACUAUUCACACAUUUCAGGGUUCUGAGGAGAAAACGGUUGUGUACGUGGUUGGCAAUCCUGGCCGUCAGCACUGGCAGCACGUGUACACUGCCGUGACCAGGGGACGCUGCCGUGUCUACGUUGUGGCUGAAAAGCUGCACCUCCGCAGAGCAGUUAUGAACAAGAACGUGCCCAGAAAAACUCGCUUACAGAGAUUUUUGAGAGAGGCAAUUUCAGAAGCAAGCAACUGUCCCAAACAAAUGAACUCUCCCCUCACGAAGUGCUGGCAACAUCAGGAGGGCGCGACUUGCUCUGUUUCUGUAACUCAAGGUGCUCCUGGCCCGCCUGAACCUCAGACUGACCUCACAAAACAGGAAAGGUCGUCAACUCUCAAUAAAGAGCAGACAGGCAGUUUGCAGCUAAGUCCUUACAAAAGACACCAACCUCUUGCAUCUGAGGAUGCUACAGAAAUACCCCCCACAACAGUAGAAGAAUCCCCACUUGGAUCUUCUAGACUUAAGAAUCUAACUUUGGGACAACCAAUUCCUAGGAAACUUUUCAAAAGCUAACAAACAAUUAUAAACUGUCUUCUUUAUGAAUCUUUAUUGAACGUGUUCUGUUCAAGAUUUUUGGAAUUGAGAAGCUGAAUAUGCAGAUACUUUUCAAAGACUUUCCUGUUUUUGCAUAUUCUGUGAAGAACAGCUUGUUUUACACCGAGCCUUUUACAUUUUCACUGAUCCAUUUUUAGUAUAUUCAUCGGUGUCUUGGUCUUAAAAAAAAUCACAUAAUUCUUCUGUUUUGGUGAAGAAUGAACUUAACAGGUCUUACAGAAUCCAGAUGUUCCUGUGAAAAAUACAUGCGGACGUAUUUUGAUUUAAAGACUCCUAGCUUUCCAUACCAAGAUUUAUCCAUCUCCUAAUGCUAAGACGCUCUUACUCAUGUGCCAAAACUUGUAGUUUGCUCUUGAGUAAAAAAACCACUUUACAAAGGGGAAUUUAGGUUUCUCUAAUGUGGUAGAUUUAUGGGCAUGAAGCUUUGAUGUAUUAUGGCUUUUAAUCUUGUUAUAAAUAGAACAAGAAAGCUGCAAUCAAUCAGUGAAAGAAAAUUUUUCACACUUUGUACUUGAAAGAGAUGUAGAACUUGCCAUUGCUGCUUUAGCUAAUAGUUAUAUGCUACUGAUGGUCUUGUAAGAAAAGAAAAAUUCCAAGUCAGUCCAAAUAACAUUCCACUUUCAACUUUUUCCUGUGUACUGUGUGACCUGCUGCAUUGUAAUUUUGAGAUUAGUAAGUUGAAUGUUAAAACAUCAGACAUAUUGUACUAAAAUGUGUCUUACCUUUAACGAUUUUUUUUCUUUUCACAUAGAGAAAAGUAUACUACAAAUAUAAACAUGGUAUUUUUUGCUAUAACUGUGGAAAAAAUAUAAAGUAGAAAAAUAAUACCUCAUUUUUAAUGUCUUUAAAUCACUGUUUAUUUCAAUUUAUACAGUUUUUCCAUACAAAUAUUUGCAACAGUUUGAAUUUCAAAAAAACAUAACAUAGACGAUAAAUAUCAUGCUAUUAAAGUAUUAAAUUUGUACAAAAAUA